AUGGAAAGACUGAACGGGAUCGUAAAGCAGGUCGUGUCAGCAGAUACCUACGUUUUGGCGGGCGCCAAAAAGGGCGGUGUUGCACAGGAAAGGCAAGUAAGCCUGGCGUGCAUCCAAUGCCCCAGGUUGUUUAUGAAAAGCCAAAAUGUGGAAAAGAGUGAAGAACCAUUUGCUUGGGAAAGUAGAGAAUUUAUUCGUAAAAUGAUUAUCGGAAAAAAUGUGAGUUUUGUAGUGGAAUAUAUCUACAACAACAGAACGUAUUGUAGUGUAUUUUACGAGGAUCAGAAUUUAUCAGUGAUGUUACUCGAGAGAGGAUAUGCCAAUUUGGUAUCGAACAAGAAUGUGAAAACGAAUGUGUAUGCCGAUUUGGAGAGUUACUAUAUCGAAGCAAAGGAAAAGAAAGUAGGAAUUUUUGGUAACAAUAUAAAUAGCUAUGUGAGGAAUAUUAUAUACUCUUAUAAUGACAAGAAUCAAAACAAAAAAAUUUAUGAUCUAUUUUUAAACAGAAAUUUGAAAUGCGUUAUUGAACACGUGAGGGAUGGAUCUAAUUUCCGUGUCUAUGCUGAGAUGGAAGAGAGUGAAAAGAGGGAGACCAACAUGAGCGUAGUUGGGGGUAGUGCAUUACAAAAUGGAACUGUUGGAGAAAGCAACAACGGAGUAAAGGGGAAGAAGAAAAAAAAUACAGGUGGGAAGAAGAAUCAAAAAAGUAAAGAAGCAGGAGAGGGAGGAGAUAGUGAUGCUGACGGAGUAGGGAAAGCAGCAGUGGGUUACAAAACCAUGUACUACUUCUCCUUCACCGUGUGCGGAAUCAUAGUAGAUAUGUUCAAAAAGGAAGUAGUAAAUAAUGUAGAAAAUGUCAAGGAAGAACAGUAUGCCAUGGAGACGAAAAAAUUUGUUGAAGCGAGGUUACUAAACAGAGACAUCGAAAUAGUGAUCAAGCAUAUAGAUAACAACUUCAAUUUGUAUGCUAAUAUAUUUUACAAGCUAGGAAAUAUCUGCACUCUCCUGUUGAAGAAUGGCUAUGCGUAUAUUAAUGAGUAUACAAUUAAGUAUGUAGAAAAUGCUAUCGAAUAUAAGAGAGCCUUAGAUGAAGCCAUACAAUUGAGGAAGAAGAAAUGGAUUAACUACACGGAGAAAAAAGUGGAUUACGAGAAGGAGUACCUUGCAACCGUUAUUGAGGUUCUAUACGGAGAUGUAAUCAUUGUAGAUUAUCACAAUGAGGAGAGGAGACUCUAUAUGGCUUCAAUCAAAUGUGAAAAACACAGCACUGAUUUGGCUCUAAACACUCUAUGCUUAUCAGCAAAGGAUUACUUGAAGAGCCAAAUUGUAGGAGAAGUUGUAAAAAUUGUUACGGAGUAUGUGAGAAUUCCACAGAGCAAUAGCGAGGGGUACAUCCCACAGUGCUCGGAUGACAAGGGAAGGAUGCAUUUUGUUAGUGUCUACAAAAUGGAGAAUAAGAAGAAGAAGGAGAGUGCGAAGGGGGUCGCAGCAGUCCCUAGCAGUAAGUGGGGCGCCGAGGGGGAUGAGAAAAAGAAAAAGAAAAAAAACGCAAAGAAGGGGGGAGCCACUGUUAGCAGCGGUGAGGCAAGCGGCCAGCGCAGCGGCGAGAGAAGCGGUUCGGGAAUGAAGAAGGGCGCGAAGAUGAACGGCCACGCGGAGACCCACGUGGGAGAGGAAGAAGACCAGGCAGUGAUUAACAUGAAUGAACAACUCGUGGCUAGGGGACUAGCCAAAGUGAUGAAUCACAGACAGGAAGAUGAAAAAGCUAGCAACUAUUUCAGACUCCAAGAAUUAGAAAAGGAAGCACAGGAGAAAAAAGUGGGUAGAUUUAAUCCACAUAUCGAUAUUAUCAAAAUCAAUAAUAUAAGUGGAAGCGAAAAUUCCUUGCGAGCAAGAUCUUUUGAAAAUGUCCUUAAUAAGUAUAACAAUUUAAAUGCAAGUGUCGAUUAUAUUUAUGGAGCAAAUAAAUUCAAGCUGCAUAUCCCCUCGCAGAAUUUGUUAAUAAAUUUUAUCCUACUGGGUAUCUCUGUACAGAAAAUUAACUUGAAAGAAAUUGGCAGUAUCAGCGCGUCAGCUAGCCAAAUGAAAAUGAAGAAAGUAAACGGAGUAGGAGCGGCAGGAGCAGGAGCGGCAGCAGGAGUGGCGGCAGAGUAUGACGGGGGAGAGGCGCACAACAUACUGAAUGGAGAUGGUAAGUCCAACAGGAAAGAAAAACUCGAGCUGAAGGAAAUAGCCAUCCAGGCAUACAAAUAUACAAGAAAAAUGCUAAUGCAGAGGAAUGUCCAAAUAACUAUCUUAACAUGUGACAAGGGAGGAAAUUUCAUAGGUAUUUUACGCCACCAGAAUAAAGACUUUGGGGUACAUUUACUGAGUUUGGGAUAUGGAAUGCUAAACGAAAUCGGAUUAAGUAACACUAAUGAAAGGAACCAUUACGUCAAAGCGGUGGAGGAAGCAAAGAAGGAAAAGAGAAACAUAUGGGCAAUUGAAAAAAUCGAUCCAAAUGAAGAUGAUACAGAUAAUCCUAUGCUGAAUGGACAAAAAAAUUUGUCCCAAUUUGAUAACAUAUACUACUGCUCCUAUGUUGAAGAUAUUAAUAACAUUUCUAUUCAGUUGAAGAACAAACAGGAUCAGUUAAAAAAAUUACAAGAUGAGCUAAACAAGCCAGCUAACUUGGAAUCAUCAUCCCAGUAUGUCCUCUCAGAAAUUAAAAAGAACACUCUGGUUAUUGCCAAGUAUAUAGAUAAGUGUUACUACCGGGCUGUUAUUCUACAAGUAAAUAAAGCCAAGAAAAAAGCCCUCGUUAAGUAUAUCGAUUUUGGAAAUGAGGAUGAAUUAAAUUUUGAAGAUAUCAGAAAGUUGAGUGAUGGGUUGAGCUUAAAAAAUUAUCCUCCUUUCAGCAUAAGGGUGUCCUUAGCUGGGGUUAAAAUUCCUAUCGAAAAUAAAGCCGAUUUGAUUAUCUAUGUGAAGAAAUUUUUAUUGGAUAAAUUUUUAUACGUCAAGUUUGAAAAGAAGGAAAGGAACAACACCUUCUACCACGUCGUUUUUUACGACUAUGAGCAGUUCACCACGAACAAAAAUGUCAAAAGUGUAAAUGAGGAUAUCGUCUCCAGCGGUAUAUGCUACGUGGAUAACCGAAGUGACACCAAGAUUUUUGAGAAGCUCAAGAAGGAGGAGUUGGUGGCGAAGAAGGCCAAGCUCGUCAUCUGGGCCUACGGAGACAUCGACUACGACGACGAGAGUUGA